AAAACAAAUGUUGCAAGUAACCACCUGUGUGUAGCAGGUGUAAUCGAAAUAAUCACAGCGAUAAGCUAUCAUUAUUGUUUAAGUAGGAUCGCGGUUAGGGAACCCUUUUAUUCGUGAUAUUCGUGAUUCUGGAAAGUAACAAAAAACAGUCAUGAAAUACAAUGUUUUUCGACACAUUCUUAUUGUCUUAAUAUUCUGUGGAUAUGUGCACUCCGAUUGUCGAAUGCUUCACAUUUGUGGGGAAGAAGAUGGCAAAGACAAAAAUUGCAACAAUGACCCGAACACCCCACCCGAAACAUUAAACAAAACUCACGAUAGAUAUGAAGAAGCUAGACAAAAACUAAUUGAAUAUUGCCCCUUCUUCUUCGAAAAUAAUGAUGAUCCCGAAUUAUGUUGUGACGUAGAUCAAGCACUUAAUAUGAUAGACGGUUUCCGAAGUACUGUUCCCUUCCAAAGAUGUCCUGCCUGUGUUACCAACAUUAUAAAUACUUACUGCAUAUUCUCCUGUUCUCCAGACCAAUACGAUUUCACACUUACUUUGGAUUAUAAAAACGAUUACGUUUUAAAAGUCCAAGAAAAUAUUGAUGAGAACUACAUUCAAGCAGUUUACGAUUCCUGCAAAAAUGUUGCAAAUCCUAGCACAAGCAGCAAACUUAUUGAGCUAGUUUGUGGCAAAUAUGGUGCUGCAUACUGUACUCCGGAACGAUUUUUCAAUUAUAUGGGAAGUACUAGUAACGGAUUUGCGCCCAUUGAUAUAGUUUUUAAUUCGGUCAAUACCUCAAACUCACUCAAUCACACAGCCCUCAGAUGCAAUGAGGCUUUUGAGGGAUAUCAAGCAUGUAGUUGUAUUGACUGUGAAGCAAGCUGCUCAAAUAGUGUACAAUUUGAAGAUUUAUCUUACAAAGACUUUAUUUUUGGAAAUGUACAAAGAGAUUCAUUCAUUGCAGCUUGUGUACUUCUCACUAUUGGAUUUGUUUCGAUCAAUUUUAUUGUGUACUUUCGUAUAGUUAAAAAGUCGCUUUUCCCCAUAUUUAGGAAAGAAAAUAAGAAGAAAACCAAGACGAUUCAAGCAAAAAUCAGCAGUUACCUUGAAACUGGUUUUCGGAAUUGGGGAAUAUUUAUGUCUAAGCAACGAAUAAUAGUUUUAAUAAUAUCAAUCCUCGGAAUCAUUGCCUUGACUGUUGGUAUUAUUUUCUUGGAUGUGAUUACGGAUCCUGUAGAGUUGUGGGCAGCACCACACAGUCGAAGUAGACAAGAAAAAAACUUCUUUGAUACAAAUUUUCAACCCUUCUAUCGAACAAAUCAGAUUUUUAUUAAAACGGUAAACAUCGACCCUUUUGUUUAUAAUCAAACCAUUGAUCUUGGUAACAAUAAAACCGAUAUUUUAUCACAUACGUUCGGUCCAGCAUUCAAUGCAACCUUUCUUAAAGAAGUUUUCAAACUGCAAACUUUAAUCGAAAAUAUAACGCUUGGUGAUGGGUCAGGACUCGAAAGCAUAUGUCUUGCUCCUUUAGUCACUGUAUUUUCGGGACCCAAAGAUAUAAGCGUUUGUGCGGUGCAGUCACUUUUAGGUUUGUUUGGGAACGAUGCGUCUAAACUCGAUGAAGAUGAUUAUGUGGAAACUUUCAUCAAGUGUUUAUCGAGCCCCUACUCUGUGGACUGUUUGGCACCUUAUGGUGGUCCUGUUCUGCCAGGUUUGGCUUUAGGUGGAAAUACUUUUGAUAAUUACACAGAUGCAAUUGCUGUAAGUCUAACAUUUUUGGUGGAAAAUCAUUUGGAUGAAAAUGAUUUGCAAGCAGCACUCGAGUGGGAGGAGAAAUUUAUUGAUUUAAUGAAACGUUGGGAUGAAUUUGUAAAACCUGAAUUUAUGGAGAUUGCUUACAGUGCCGAAAGGUCGAUUCAAGACGAAAUAGCACGAACAUCUUCAUCAGAAAUCGGAACUGUAACCAUCAGUUAUGUUGUAAUGUUUAUUUACAUUGCUUUUGCUCUUGGUCGAUACACCUCAAGUGAUAGAUUUUUGGUUGAAACUAAAAUAUGUGUUGGAAUUGGAGGAGUACUGAUAGUUUUGGGAUCAGUACUUGCUUCUAUUGGUUUGUGUGGCUACGCUGGCAUUUCUACAACACUGUUAACAAUUGAAGUAAUACCAUUUCUUGUGCUAGCUGUUGGAGUUGACAACAUAUUUAUUAUCGUUCAAACACAUCAACGAAAACAACUAAACGAAAAGCUAAGCUUAGAAGAAGAAAUUGGCGAAACCAUGGCAAAAGUAGGCCCCAGCAUGCUUUUGACCAGUUGUUCCGAAAUUUUCUGUUUUGCGAUAGGCGCCCUUUCCACAAUGCCAGCAGUCAACACUUUCGCCAUUUAUGCAACAUUUGCAAUUUUCUUCAAUUUCCUGUUGCAAAUUACUGCUUUCGUUGCGCUGUUUACAUUAGAUCUUAAACGAUAUAGAGCCAACAGAAUGGAAAUUUUCUUUUGUGAAAAAGCCAAAACAUCACCAGAAGACAUAGGACCAGGAAUAGUUUACAAAAUUUGGAAAACAAAUAUAACACCAUUGAUCAUGAAUUUUCCAGUGCGAUGCGUUGUCCUUUUAUUAUUUUUAAUAUGGCUUUGUGUGAGUAUAGCUGUAAUGCCCUCCCUUGAGCUGGGAUUAGACCAACAACUCUCAAUGCCUGAAGAUAGCCACGUUUUAACUUACUUUAAAUUUAUGAAUGAUUUGAUGGGGAUUGGCCCACCUGUUUAUUGGGUGGCCAAGGGAAAAGUGAACUAUUCGGUGCCAGAAAAUCAGGCCAAAAUGUGUGGAGGGAUUUUUUGUGAAAGCAAUUCGAUUUCGACACAACUAUAUCAAGCGUAUAGACAAUCAAACCUCACCACAAUGGCCACGGAAGCAAGUUCGUGGAUUGACGAUUUUCGAGAUUGGGCAAAUGCUACAGAUUGUUGUUUCUAUUUCAAAGAAAAUGGAACGUUUUGUCCCCACACACUUCAAAGAUAUUGUGAACCAUGCAAUUAUGGUAUCAUGAACUUAAACGAAAGUGAAUAUUUUACGCAGUUUGUGUCCUUCUUUUUGAUGGAUAAUCCUGACGCAAAGUGUGCAAAAGGGGGUCAUGCAUCUUAUGCCAGUGGAAUUAACUUUGUUUUGAACCAGGAAGGCAAGGCAACAAUUGAGUCAUCGAAUAUGAUGUCUUAUCAUACGGUUUUAAAAGGUUCGACCGAUUACAUUAAUGCAUUAAAGUACGCUCGAUAUAUCGGUGAUAACUUAACAAAAACCUUAGAUAUACCAGAUGUCGAAAUUUUUCCGUACAGCAUUUUCUACACAUAUUUUGAACAAUAUUUAACAAUAUGGGAAGAUGCUUUAGAAUCUUUGGGAUUAUCACUUCUUGUAGUUUUUGUAGUAGCAUUUGCAAUAUCUGGACUAAAUCUUUUUGCCGCUUGUACAACCCUUAUUGUGGUUCUGAUGAUUGUCAUUGAUAUGAUGGGAUUAAUGUAUUUUUGGAACAUUAACUUUAACGCAAUCUCAUUAGUUAAUUUAGUCAUGAGUGUUGGAAUCGCUGUGGAGUUUUGUGGUCAUAUAGUCCACCAUUACAUCCAUUCCUCAAAACUUAGCCCACUUGAAAAGGCCUCUGAUGCUUUUGCUGAAAUGGGAAGCUCUGUUUUAUCAGGAAUUACAUUGACCAAAUUUUCCGGGAUUAUAGUGUUAGCUUUUGCACGCUCUCAGAUUUUUCAAAUAUUUUUCUUCAGAAUGUAUCUAGGAAUCGUCAUAAUUGGAGCAUUGCAUGGAUUGAUCUUUUUGCCUGUUCUUCUGAGUUUUCUUGGAUUUUUUGAGAGGUUUGGACGUAAGCAAGAAAUCCAAAACGGAGAUAGUAGUCAACUCUGACAAAUGUAUGGAGUUUGAGAAGCCAUAUGUAAAUAUCUAUGAAAACUUAAGCUUGUACUUUUGUAUGAAAGGACAAAAGAGUUAUUCUCUUAUUUAAUAAAGUAUAUUUUUAUAUUA